UUAAAAGAGCCGCGUCGGCGACCACAUUCCAAAUGAAUUAAUUUACCAGGACAGAACCCUUGAGAUACGCAUCUCAAUCACAAGGGGGUGCUAGAGAGAGCGGCAAGAAAUAACAUUAUACAAAUCAAUGGCAAAAAAAGACCAGCGGAGUUCUGAAAGAGCUGCAAAUGAAACACAGACACAAACUGAAUGAAAAGUUCGCUACCUGCUCGGAACUCUGUUAAAAUGAACUCCACUUUGCCGCUUUGUUCGGUGCCGAUAAUCAUAGUCUUGCUUGUUGUGUCUCUUUCAAUUGCGAGUGCCUGUCGAUCUGAGGAAUACGAAUUAAAUGGCCAGUGUUGCAGCGUGUGCGAAGCAGGCAGUCAUGUUUCACAACAUUGCACAGCACUGCAGGAGACAGAAUGCACCCACUGUUCAAAUGGCACAUACAUAGAUCGCCCCAGUUGGUUAACAGAGUGCCGAACAUGUAAAGUCUGUGAUUCUGUCUUGGGCCUGUUUGUUCGUCACCAGUGUAGCCGUGUGAAGAACACUGUCUGCAGCUGUUUGAAAGAGUUCUUCUGCCUAGAUGGAGACGGGGAAAGCUGUCGUCUGUGUAGGAAACGCAGAGUCUGUCAACCAGGACAGCGCAUUAAGAUGCAAGGAACUGAAAACUCUGACACAGUUUGUGAAGACUGCCCCAAAGGGACUUUUUCAAUUAAAGAAAUGUCCUUGUCCUGCACACCCUGGACUGUUUGUAAGUCAGGUGGUAAAAAUGGAAACUCAACAACGGACGUUGUGUGCGAGGAAGAAGCUACAACGCCAUGGAUUACCAUUGCUGUAGCUGGAGGAGGAGCCCUUCUGCUGUUAGGACUCCUCAUUGGAAUUAUGCUUACAAUGAAAAUAACAAAGCUGUUGCAGCUUAAAUGCUGUGCAAAUCAUUUACCAGGUGAUCACGGUGAUCCAAAAUGUGACGCAGAACUGCAAAAGUUUACGGAGAAUAAAAACUAGCGCUCGUCUUUACAGAUGAUUUUCACUUAUUAUUGAGCAUUUGAUGGAAAGAAAAUGUUUAGGAUCUAUGUUUUUAUGCUUAUGUUAGAUUAUUUUGUCAUAAUUUAUUUAAAAAGUGGUAAUUUAAAAUGCAUUCGAUGGCUACUGUGUCGGUGAUUUUAAAACCUGUAUCACGUGAUGAGAAACUUCACUUUGAUUUCAACAAUGUACAUUUUAAAAUGAUGACGAUGCAAUUUUACCCGAAUGGCUACAAUAUGCCUGGAUGGCAGCUCUGAAAACGGCAUCUACCAAAGAAGACACAUGGUGAUGUCAGGGAGUUUGUGUAGUUAUGGAUGUAUAACACAUUGACAGUGCUGUGGUGUGCAGUCCGAAUUCAAAUACAACAAAGAGUUUGGUAGAACAAGAAAAAAAACACACUUCCUUGGUUUUAUCCCUCCAGACCUCCAGAUGGUGAUCAUAUGAUUAGGAAGUGGGUAGUGCUUCAAUUUAACUGGCAUUGGAUCUGUGAGGUAGAGCAAAUUAGUUCCUAUGCGCGUUUGGGGGCGGUUCAUUAGAUCCGGAUCGUGGAGAUGAUCAGGGGGUGUAUCUGCCUAGGUUAGUGUGUUACUGUACAGGGCAGGACAGGCCAGAUUCGUGUCGGGGGAGGGUUGAAGUCUAGUAGUAGCGAGGGUGUAGGAGGGUGAAAUGUUCAGUGUGCAGCUGAAAUUAACAUCCUGUUGUGACCGCGACUGGGGUUGUGUUUAGCCGAGUCUUCAGUGGAGAGAAGAUAGGUCGGACCACACUGAGGAUCUGAUUGUUUUCGUAAGCAUUUUUCAGAUUAUAUUGGUUGAGGAUUUUUUAAAUAUUUUUAUAACGUACAAAAUUUAGAAAACAACACAAGACAGCCGUGCUGGAUGAAACCAAAGUGCAGAAGAAAGGGUCCAAUAAAACUGGACUUCUAUCACAAUGAACUGUCUGGCACGCUAUUAUUAGAAGAACGACGGAGAUGUCAGAAUUGAAAGGAACCGACUUUUAUUAAAGUGAAGAUAAGUUGGGGAAAGUAAAAAUAACUGGAUGAAAUAUUAAAGGGGUGUUGUUCAUAUGCGAGAGGGCGACACGAAAGUACUGCGAUUUAAACAAGGGUGCAACAAAUGGGUCGGAGCAGGCUUGAGAUGGCUAAACAAAACAGCGAAGCGAAAAAGCGGAAGGAAAUUAAAGAAAUUACUUUUAAGUUACUUAAGUUAUAGAAUAAUUAGAAUAUGAAACUGUCUAACGGCGAAGAUAAUAAAUAGAGACACGAGGCUUUGGGAAAAACAAACAAAAAACAACUUGACAAACCAAAACAAUGCUUUAAAUAAUGUUUCGAAAAAAAUAUCUGGACAAGAAAUAUUUCACCAACACACUCAAAGAUGCGUAAAAUAAGUCUGAAAAGCACAUAGUGGAUUUUGACACUGUUGUGUUGUCACCUGAGCGUACCUACCUGCCUGCGUCUCUGUCAUACAACAUUAUAAUUAGUAUCUUCUGUUAUGUAACCCGUGCCUACACAACCUCUCGGCGAAAUUAAUAAAACCAGACAAAAGAAAAGAAGAAAAUAAAACAGGAAUUGGUUUAGUUUUUUUCAACAUGGGGAGAAAGAAGAAAACCCUGCAUGACUACGCGGCGGAGUUCCACGACCUGGCAGUGAAGAGACACGUCGUGGAACAGCACGACUCCGGGGAAAGGACACGAGUGGAAAUACUGUACUGCAAAUCCUGCGAAGUACCGGUGAGGGUCCGCAGAGACCGGAUACUCGAGCACCUGGCCUCGGCCAGACAUUACCGAAACAGGAGGCUAAUCAAGCAGCAAUGGGAUAGAAAGCCCGUACUCGUAUCAGCACCGUCGGACCUCCAGUUACCCAUCAAACUCGGCUCGUCUUCCCUGACCUCUCAGCCUCCCCUCCUAACGGGCACUCCUGGCUGCUCCGUCUCCUCCUGCUCCAGCAGCCUCCCUCCCCCCUCUCUCCCACUCCUCUCCAGCAGCAAGAGCUCCACCUCUUCUGCAGCCACUUCUGAGGCCACACCCUCCACCUCAGACAACCAACCACAGAACUUCUCCAGUGGGCGUGUCAGGAGCCCGCCUCUCCCUGGCUGGGCGAGCAAUCCCUGGCUGGAGAGGACGACCAAUAGCGUUGGGGUGCGGGCGGGCGCAGGGGGAGGG